AUGGCUCAGGCGAUGACAUGCCCUCCCUCUGGUCCGGUUGCCCAGCAGCGCUCUACCUUCCUCUAUGACCACUCGAGCGCCUGUGAGAUCGGCCAGAGACUCGUCACACACGACGGCAGCCAGCUGGAUGGCGCCCUGGUCGAGCGCCUGCAGUUCUUCGGCGAGGCCAUCAGCCGGCAGUGGCAGAGGUGGACGCCGGAGCAGAGGGCAUCGGUCAAGGCGGUGCUGCUGUCCUACCCCACUCGGCUGCCGGCCGACUGUCUUCCAUCGCCAACUGUGCAGCAACAGUGUGCAGUGGCUCUGCUGCAGAGGCUCCCCGCCGACACGAUCGCCGUGCUGUGGCGGCAUGGUGUGGUCCGUCUGAUGCGUAACGCGUCGAUGGACCUGGUGGCUGCGGUGCUGCGCGGAGCGUCCAUGUGCACCAAACAGCUCGGACUGUGGGCCAAGUUGAUAUGUGCGACCUUCAGAGGGUACGUGAGGGAGACUGGAGGCACCAGGCAAUGGCUCAUGUGUGUGUCUCCUGUGUGUGUGCCUUGGCAGGUGGGCCAUGUGAGUCGUCCGAGCCAGCCCACGAUGGGCGGGGGAAGGCUGUUCCGGCCGUAUCCCGUCCAUCACCCGUGGAUGGCUCAGGCGAUGACAUGCCCUCCCUCUGGUCCGGUUGCCCAGCAGCGCUCUACCUCCAUCUAUGACCACUCGAGCGCCUGUGAGGUCGGCCACAGACUCGUCACACACGACGGCAGCCAGCUGGAUGGCGCCCUGGUCGAGCGCGUGCAGUUCAUCGGCCACACGCUGUUCCGCGAGGCCAUCAGCCGGCAGUGGCAGGGGUGGACGCCGGGGCAGAGGGCAUCGGUUAAGGUAGUGCUGCUGUCCUACCCCACUCAGCUGCAGGCCGACCGUCUUCUCGAUCGCCCAUCGUCAGCGGCCACGAGUUUAGGAGGGUGA